AGCUGCGGCGGGAGCGCGGCUCUCCCGGGGCACCGGCACCGCCGCGACGGGGCGGCCGCCCGCCCCCUCAGCACAUGCCUCCUCGCGCCCCGCGCCCGCUCCCCGCCGUCCCCCCGCGCCGGUAGUGGGAGGCCGGGGAAAUCGCCCCCUCCCUCCUCGCUGCCCCCACCUCCCCGCCCCGAGCGCCCACCGCCGGCCGGGAGCGCCGCUCCCCCCGGCCGCCCCGCUGCCCCCAUGAUGACCGCCAAGGCGGUGGACAAGAUCCCGGUGACCCUCGGAGGGUUCGUGCACCAGCUCCCCGAGGGCAUUUACCCUGCGGAUGACAUCUCCGCCGCGCUGCCAACUUCGGUCGCGAUCUUCCCCAAUGCCGACCUGGCAGGGCCGUUUGACCAGAUGAGCGGAGUGGCAGGAGACGGCAUGAUCAACGUGGAGAUGGGCGACAAGCGGGCGCUAGACCUUCCCUACGGCGGCGGCUUCGCGCCCAGCGCCCCGACCUCCCGCAACCAGACCUUCACCUACAUGGGCAAAUUCUCCAUCGACCCGCAGUACCCCGGCGCCGGCUGCUACCCCGAGGGCAUCAUCAACAUCGUGAGCGCGGGGAUCCUGCAGGGGGUCAGCACGCCCUCCUCCGCCGCCUCCGCCGCCCCCUCCGCCGCCUCCUCCGCCUCCUCCUCGGUCACCGCCGCCUCCGCCGCCUCCCCCAACCCGCUGGCCGGGGCCCUCGGCUGCACUAUGGCACAAGGCCAGCCGGCCGACCUGGAGCACCUCUACUCGCCGCCGCCGCCGCCCUACUCGGGCUGCGGCGACCUGUACCCACAGGACCCCUCCUCAGCUUUCCUGCCCGCCGCCAGCGGCGGGGCGCUGCCGUUCCCCCCGCCGCCCUCCUACCCCUCCCCGAAGGCGGCGGCGGCCGACGGCGGGCUCUUCACCAUGAUCCCCGAAUACGGCGGCUUCUUCCCGCCGCCCCAGUGCCAGCGGGAGCUGCACACCGGCCCCGACCGCAAGCCCUUCCCCUGCCCCCUCGACUCGCUUCGCGUCCCGCCGCCCCUCACGCCGCUCUCCACCAUCCGCAACUUCACCAUGGGGGCACCCCCGGCGGGCACCGCCCCCGGCACCGCUCCCGGCGGCGGCGGGGGUGGCGGGGGCGAGGGCGCGGGAGCCCGGCUGCCCGCCGGCGCCUACAGCCCGCACCACCUGCCGCUGCGGCCCAUCCUGCGGCCCCGCAAAUACCCCAACCGGCCCAGCAAGACGCCAGUCCACGAGAGGCCCUACCCUUGCCCCGCUGAGGGCUGCGACCGCCGCUUCUCCCGCUCCGACGAGCUCACCCGGCACAUUCGCAUCCACACGGGCCACAAGCCCUUCCAGUGCCGCAUCUGCAUGCGGAACUUCAGCCGCAGCGACCACCUCACCACCCACAUCCGCACGCACACCGGCGAGAAGCCCUUCGCCUGCGACUUCUGCGGCAGGAAGUUCGCCCGCUCCGACGAGAGGAAGCGGCACACCAAGAUCCACCUGCGCCAGAAGGAGCGGAAAGGAGCUGCUGCUGCCGCCGCCGCCGGCGGGUGCCCUCAGCCCGGCGGCGGGAGCGGCGCCGCUGCCCUGGCCCCCUGCGCAGCGCGGACGCGGACGCCCUGAAGGCGCGCAGGAGCCAGAGCGGAGCCGCGGGGCCGCCUAGCGCGGCGGGACGCGGAGCCCGGCGGAAAGCAAUGAGCACCUGCGGGGCCCCCAGGGCCGGGGCAGGCUGGGCCGGGCCGGCGGGUGUACAUAGGGGCUGCGGCAGGAGGAUGGAUGGUUGGUUGGAUGGAUGCAUGCAGUACCGUCGUGGUGAGGUGUCCUUGGUGCCUUGUGUGGUGUAGAGCCCGGUCCCCUGUCUGCAUGUGGGGGGUGCCUUACCGAUCCGCUCCGACGACAGCGGCGACACCGAGACCCGAAAGUUUUCCCUCCCUGGUUUUAGAAUGGCUGUACAUAUCUGCCUAUUAAUAUUGGGAUUUUUUUUUCUUAGAGACUAUAUUUUUGUACUCACUGGUUUGGGGUUUUGGUUUUCUUUUGGUUUUUGUUUGGUUGGUUGAUUUCUUGUUUUUGUUGGGUUUUUUGUUUGUUUGGUUUUUGGUUUUUAUUUUCGUGACUUAAAAGUGUUACGUUUGUAGUAGAACUUGGGACGGGAUGUAAAUACUCUGGCUAGAACCGUUGCCCGUUGUCCGCCGGGAGCCGGCGUGCAGCAGGUAACACGAAUAAUGCACAACCACUAACGGGAGCUGGAAGGAGAGCGCGUUUCUUUCUGGCCACUGUAAAUAAACUUUUCGACAAUAGGGUCGGUGCUUACAAGGUUUAUAAAAGACGACA